AUGGAACUGGCUGUGAGACCCAGCACCUGCAGCGCUUCUGGCUGCCUUUGCGCGGGCCAACUGGGCCGACGUUUGGAUCUGGUGGAAGCCAAGGUCUUGUCACAUUGGCAUGAAUUCUUGCUGUACAAGUCAGAAGCCCAACGGAAGUUCGAGGACCUGUUCGCUCGGCGCCGAGGGCGCUCCGUGAACGGUACAGAAGUGGAUCGGCGCCUGGAGAAGUUGGAGGAGAGCCAAGCGGAGUGUUUUGAUGUGAAGCUGGCAGAGGUCAGGUCCUGUUGCGAGGAGUCGCGUUUGGACCUGGAACGCCACUGGAAUCGGCAAGCACAGGAGGUCCAGAACAUCCAGGGCCGCAGCGAGCAGCGUCUGGAGCAGCGCCUGGAGCAACGGGGCGACCAACUGCAGAGCUUCUUCGCUGGACAGGUGGCCGAGUUGCACCGAGAGCUCCGGGACUCGGUGCAGGGCCAGGAGAAGCGACUGCGACAAGGCAACGAUGAGAUGCUUCGACUCACCGAAUCCGUGACUCAGCAGGUGCUCGCAGCAGAAAGCCGGGCUGAACAGCAAAUGAGCAGGCUGCGGAGUGAGCUGGAACUGGCAGAGGCUGCUUCUCAGGAUGCUUGCGCGCGAAACGCCACUGAGAUCACCAGAGCUGUGACCGCAUCGGAGUGUGCCUUGAAGCCACGGCUGCAGCAGGCACAGGCCGCGGCUCGGGCUGCCGUGACCUGCUUGGAGAUCUCCGUAGAGAAGCGCAUGAAGUGCUGGGCAUCAGAAGCAGCCGAAGAAGGACGACAGGCACAGCAUGGGCGAGAGCGGCUUGAGGAAUUGCAGGAGGCGGUCGCGCAAUUGGAGCUGCUUCUGCAGAAGCAUGGCGCGCAAAUCUCGGAGCAGAGCCAAAGCUCUGAGGCACGGGAUGUCUCCUUCGAGCGACGUUUCAAGAGUCAAGGGCAGCAAUUCGAAGACCUUGAGAGGAGUAUUUCACAGCUCCGCCGCGAAGUGGCUGAGAGGACUGAUGCCAUCGAAAGUAGGCUGACUUCAGAAGUGUCUGGUUGCAAAGACGAGUUGCAGGAAAGACUCGGCAAGAUCGGUCGCCAAGAGGUGGCGGCCUCCCGGGAAGCGAAAGAAGCACAGGCGGCUGCGGCGCAGGCUCUGCGGGAAGCGUGUGAAGUGAAGAGCGCGCAGCAGGAGCUGGAAUACAGCUUGAACGAGUCGCAGGAGCGUUUAAGCUGCAUCUCGUCGGUGACGACCUCCACACAGGAUGCAAUGACCAGCUUCAAGAAGGAGCUGGCAGCGCUGCUGGACUCCCAGAAGCUGUUGCAGCAAUCUGUGGCCUCCGUACAAAACAGCGAGGCUUUUGACGGCAAAGCGUUGCGAGGGAAACUGCUUGAGGAAUUUUCUCAAGCGCAACUGGGAAUGAGAUCGCUGGGGCAAAGGAUCUCCAGCGUUGAAACUGCUUGCGCAGCUGCAGACCGGUCUGCCGCCACACUGAAGGCAGAGGCCGCGCAGCUGCGCUUAGAGACGGAAGACUUGGCGAAGCGCCGGGCAGCACAAGCCCUGCAAAGCGAGAAAGUAGAGGCAGAGCUCUCCCAACGGCUAUCGCAAGUGGAGCGAUCCAUCAAGAGCCAGGGUACUGGGGAUGGCACUAGCACGCAGAAACUCGUGAACCUCGCGCAGCAGGUGGAAACCUUGCGGGCAUCCAGUGUGGCCAGUGAAGGCCUUUUUACAGAGCUCAAGACCACCAUCAUGCGGGUGGAAGAUCUGCAAGCUCAGGUGAAUCGCCUGGCACGUGAGUCGAGGAAGGGCUCUGACAAGAUUGAGGGUGCCCUUAGCCGGUUGCAGGAGACGGAGAAAGCCAUGGAACGUGUGGCAAAGGCCAGAGAAAGUUCAGAGCUUUGGCGAGAAGUCCGGGAACUGAGGUCACAGCUGUCAGACGUAAGGCUGCAGAACUUGGUUCGCAGCCCCAGGAGCUGUGAAAUUACUCGCCCAUUGGGAUGGCUGGAGCCAUAAGGCCAUCGUCCCCAAGGCAGGCCAUAGGCGACCAUUGAAUGCCAAUGAUUACAACAGCGACCGUGCCAAUACCGGCUCAGUGGAAGGGGAUGAUAAAUGAUGAUAAG